UUUCAGCUUAUAAAAUGUAUCCAGCAAUUCCAAAACAGCACAGUGCCGAGGUCUACCCGAUGAACCUUUCCGAUGAGGAAAUCGAUGUGAUCAACUCUGGCGACGACGAUGAAGAAAUAAUGAGAGGAGAGCAGUAUCGUCAUCCGGGAGAAGUAUUCAUGGUGAAUGAGGAGGAAUCGAUUUAUGACGAUGAUGGAUCCAUACAAUAUGAGGAGUACAUUGAGGAAGACGGGACAUAUGAUAUGAAUCAACAGUAUGGUGUGGAAAACCAAGAAUACGUGGAUGCACACUAUAUAAACACGAACGAAGAGUACCUAACGGGAAAAGAACAUGAAAUGGUUUAUCAGCUAUUUGGAAAUACUGCUACAGUAGAACCGAUCAGUACAGAAAAGCGACUGGAAAAGUAUCCUGAAUUGAAGCACCUUCCAUCAUUGCGUCGUCCAACAAAGUUCACUGAGAUUAAAGAUCGGCCAAAAACUCACGAAUCAAAAUCGGGAAGGACGUUGGACCCGGACUCUUCGGCUUUGCAUUCGCUACUUGCGGCGAACAAGUUUUACCCCACAGUUGAUAAACCAGUUCCAGACCAGAAAUUACAAGAAAAUAAGGAGCAAGACCCCGCAACGUACAUCAAUCAAUCUCGCCUCACGACCUCCAAGCCAGUAUCAAAAGCCCAAGUGCCGCCGCGAAAAGGAUACAAGCCUCGUCCAUCGUGUCCAGAGCCUAAAGAUGCUCACCUCAUCCCACUGGCACACUUGACUCCUCUUCCAGAUCGUUACUUCCAGCGACGUCUUACAAUUACUGCGUUCCAAGCCGGAUUCUCGUCUGAAUGUGUUUCGUGCAUGUAUUGCAAUUUUGUCUUCAGGCAAAAAGCCUUGCUAGAGUCCCAUAUCAAAAAGCAUACAACGACUGGUAAAAAUGAAGUGAUGAGUGAAUCGUCCGGAUUGAUCUGCCCAGUUGAACAUUGUACAAUCCGUUGUGAUUCGAUUGCUACUGUCGUGAGGCACAUGCAAGUGACCCAUUCUGUCAAUAACAUCGCGUUUGAACGUGUCGUAUUCAAAAAUUUCCACGAGUUCAAGAUGUGGAGGACCGAGCUGGAACGCCUUACUAUGUCAAAGUUCAGCAGAACGUCUGGGAAGACUAACAAGUUUAGCAAAUCUACGUACUAUCAAUGCCAACACUCUGGCAAGAUUCCGUCUGUGAAGAGCGAGAAAGAAUAUCGAAAACAAAGAACUCGUGUAAGCAAAAAACUGGGAAAAACUUGCACUGCAUUUUUCCACGUUAGAGAAAAUGACGAUGGAACUGUGCUUCUUCGUGGAUGCACCAAGCAUUGUGGUCAUGGAAGAAAUGUUCAAGAGCUUCCGGUCACUGAUGACAUUAAGCUGGAGAUAUCUAAUAUGCUUAUCAGUGGAUUGGAUGAAAGUGCCAUAGUGGACAAGAUGCGCGAAGAGAACGAUGCAUCUGAUCGGAGAUAUUAUUUGCAAAAUUAUGAAGUUCGAAAUGUGGCGAUCAAAAUUGAAAAGUAUAAGGACCUGUACAAGAAAAAGAUUGGAACCGGUGAACCAAUGCUACAACUAGCUGAUUUUAUCAGUUCAAAAGGCAUCAAAAAUCGUCCAGUUUAUCCAGUUGUCAAGGCGAAACUGGCUCGCUGUCGUUUUCCGGUUGUCGACAAGCCACUUGUCGAAAAACAAUUUGAUGUUGAGGCUCGAACAGCUGCUUAUCAAGAAUACAGAGAAGAAUGCGAGCAAGAACAUGCAGUUAAUACAUACGAGGAAGUGGUUGAGGAAGAUGGAUUGUUCCACGUUCCGGCAACACCAGGCAUUGAAGUAUACGAUGAGAGUGAGAAGGCGCUGGAAGUUACUGAAAAGAAAGAAGAACCUGUUGAACCUCUUACCGAGACUCCAACAAAGACCAGGGGACGUAGAAAGACGACCGCUGAUGAAGUUGCCGUACCAGCUGAAAGUGAAAAAGUCCCUGCUCCACAAGAAAUGGAAGAGACCGCUGAGCAAGUUGGGUCUCCAACAAUACCAAUUGGAAGGAAUACCGCAAGGAAAAAUGCAGCAAAGAAAGUGAAGAUCGACACAUCAAUUGUAGUACAGAGUGAUGAAGAUAUGGAACACGUGGCAGAAGAGAUUAUUGAAGAAACAACUUCAUGCAAUGUCAUCGUCAGCCCAACUCGUGCAUCUUAUCGUUUGAAGCUGAAAAAAGCUGUCAAAACGGCCGCGAAAGACUAGUUAUGUCUUAACAAUUUUUAGUUUUUAAAAAAAGUUAAUUAGAUUGUUUUAUAAUUUUAAGUAAUCAUAUUAGUAUGCGAAAAUAUAUAUUCUUGUUAAGUGAUUUCAAUAGUACAUUAGCCUAUUCUUUUGAAUCUUCCCACUUGACGAUUUUGGCAUCUCUUUUAUAAUUGAUACUCCACCACGCAACUGCUUCACCGCAGACAACUUUUCUGAAUUGUUAAUUGAUUAUUAAAUACGUGUUGAUGAAUAUGUGAACCUUUCAUUGUAUGCUCCAAAUGUUUUAAGAAUAAAAGCUCGUCAGCAUUC